AGUAUUUACCAUGAAAGGAUUCGUGGUUUUCUUUAUGUUUGCUGUCUUGAGCAUUGCAAGGAAUGAGUGCAAAACAUUGGGCCUACAAAAGAGUGAUUAUGAAUCCUCGCAAAUGAAUAGGUAUUACACGUUGAAUGAGAAAAAAAAUUUAGCGGAAGUGGAGAAAUUUCAAGAUGUUGACAUUGAGAUCGAUUUACUUGAUAGUAAACAUCCAAAACGACAGGAGCACGAGACAAAUGAGGAACAGGAGCCAUUAGUCAUUUAUCAGAUUGGGGUUGGCGAAGACGAUCUUCCAGAGUGCUCGUCGAAAAACGAGAUUUGCAGUAAAGUGGAUUUGUACGGUGCCCCUUGGGUAGAGAGACAGUGUCGUUGUCCAGGUGGACGAUCAUGCCCCAGUACUGCAAAUGCCAAUGAUGGCCACACACUUGCUGACAGAACGAGACAGUACAAACUUUGUGAAGCAGUCAAAAGAAUUCCAUUUUGCCGCUAUUUCAAGGAUGUCACGUGGUCGUUACAACCAUUUGGAGGUCCAAUGAAUUCGACAGUACAACGAGUUCACUGUAGAUGUCGUCCAGGUGGAGUUCCUUAUUUACUAAAACGAGAAGCACACUUGACACCCAAAGGAGUAUACGUUCCUGUCUAUUACUUUGGGUGUUCGCCGCAAAGUGUAAGCAUCGCUAGUAAAAUGAAGUGCGCAAAAAAGGAGCCAUGCAAACUUUUUACUGUUCGCAAAAGAAAUAAAAAUGAAGUUGCAGUUGAAGAUGUUUCUGUAUCGCCAUUGUGCCAAUGUCACAAAGGUUUUAGGUGUCCGAAAAAACACACGGAUCCAGGAUCGAUAUCAGCGAGAUCAUACGCUGGAAUGGAUAUUAAAACCUAUAGUGCGUACUGUGUACCAACGCAUCACUAAAAAAAAAAAAAAAAAAAGAAAAGAGAAAAAUUGAAAACACUCUUUUGAAGACAUUUAAAAAUCGUGACAAACAAAAGAUAAAAGAAAAUUUCUUUUAUGAGAAUAAAAUUCUCAAAAAAAAAAAGUUUUAUCCUAUUUCCUCGAGAUAUCAAAAAAGGGAAAUGAGAAAUUUUUUUUUAAGUACAACACCGAUUCACGUCUUCUGGGACUUUGCUCAAAGCAAGUGAGAUUUCAAAGUGAUUGGUAAUUUUUUUUUUUGUAUUGUUGAUGAGUGAACGUUUGUGUGUGAAAUGAGUAAAUGUAACGCAAGGAUGAGGUUGAAAAAACCGUUAUUUUUGCUUUUUCGAUUAUUGACUUUUCAAAAAUAAAAAAAAAAUAUUUAUGUAUUUCAAACCCCCUGUAAAAGUUGUAAAAAAAGAAAAGAAAAAAGGGACAAAAAUCGACAAUUAAGUGUAGUUACCAAGUCAGGGCAUUGUUCGUCUGUAUCGACAGUCGGUAAGAAAGAGAAAACCGAUUUAAACAUUUCAAACAAAAAAUUCAAUGUUGAAAUGUUGUCUAUGUGAAAAUUAAUUGUCGAUUAAAAUAGACUUUCAGAAAGGUUGUUUUAUAAUCGAAAAUGCAAAGGAACAAUUUUUUUUUAUCUAAUAAAUUAGUUAAAAUAUAUAUUUAAUGAAAAAAAAAGAAGAAAAAACAAAACAUAAUACAAAUUUGUUAGAGAUUUUAAUUUUUGAUAUCUCCUCCUUGUUAAUAGUAUUUUAAGCAUUAUAUUUGCUGUGUUACUUGUAAAUUGUAGCAGUGUGACACAAAAGCUUUAAAUUUGACAGGGAAGGGGGAUGAAGAGAAAAAAAAAGAGAGAGAAAUAAGGAAUUAAUGUUGAAUGAUUCGUCGCAUUGUUAUUAUGUUUUCACUGUAUUUAAAAUAUAUUGUAAAAUUAGUAUACAUUUUGAAUCUCAUAGAUUUGUAUUUUAAUGAGUUUGUUAUUACAUUACUUUACAAAUUUUUAAUUUAAUUUUUAAACUUGAUUAGAAAAAUUCAUUUUUUUAUUAUUUUUUUUUACUUGAUUAAAAUAUUGUCUUUAACAAGACAAAAAGGAUAUAUUGAAUUUUAAAUAUUUGUAUAUUAGACUUAAAAUUAAUUUCCUUUCGAUUGUAUACUAAAUUUACAAUAUUAUUAUUUUUCAAUAAUGUAGAUACAAAAUUGUCGUUAUAAAUUGUAUAUGCAGUGUAUAGAUGAUUUCUUUUAGCGACUAUUGUUUAUCAAGCAGUUACAAUAAAUAAUAUUAUUUUAUUUUAUUAA